GAGUAACUUUGUAUCUUGCGUAUUUGGUGACGUCAUGAUCAGCUGAUUACGUGUUUUCCAAGGUUGUUGGUAAACAGAAUAAAUCGUAGUAAAAUCUGGAUUGUUGUCCAAUGGCUGUAGUUUUAAUCGGUUUUAUUAAAAAUCAUUGUUGUGUUAAAUUUAAACGUGAAAAUGUAGUAUUCGUCACUAGAAAGUUGUGAAUUACUCAACCGUAUAUUUAUGUCAACAUUAGGUGUAUAGAACACAAAUGAACGAUAAUUCUGUUAUAACAGCGCAUUCAGACCAAAGCGGACUUCGAAAGAGAAAAACUAAAGCGGAAGAAACGAGUGAGAUGGUGCCGAAAGCACACGUUGAUGUUUUGUUUGAAAGUGAGAUUUGCUCAGAUGGAAGCACAAGUAAAAUGAACAAACAAAGUAAAAAUUACGAUUUAGAGGCAAAAGCUUCAUUAAAAGAUGGACAUACUUCAGAAAUAAACUAUAAGACCACAAAUUUUAGUGAAGAAACUUCUUCAAGUAAUCAUAUACACCAUUAUAAUGAGAAUAACUCUGUGAAUAAUACAAGGCAUAUUCAUCAUGGUGGGACGAAUAACUCCGACUCUGAUGCCAGUGAAGAUUUCUCUAAUGAUAGAACUGCUUUAAUUUCACCUACAAGGUUGAAAGCGAAAUCCAGUGACCACAGAAUGGUUGACUUCGAUAACCUUAACAUAAAUACUUCGACUACAAAAAAAGAAAGUAUUUGUACAGUUGCUAUGCAGAUUAUGUUCCCGUUUUUAAUGGCUGGUAUGGGAAUGGUAGCAGCUGGUGUAGUACUUGAUAAAGUACAGCAUUGGAAAGUCUUUGAGAAAGUUCCAGAAAUAUUUAUCCUCGUUCCAGCUUUGCUUGGAUUGAAGGGAAACCUUGAAAUGACGUUGGCGUCCCGUGUUUCUACCUAUGCCAACAAAGGAAUGCUUGAUGAUAGAAGAAAGAUGAUGAGCAUAGUAUGGGGUAACAUGGUAUUGGUGGAAGCACAAGCCAUGGUGGUUGCUUUCCUUGCUUCACUUGUAGCUAUUGUGUUUGGUUGGAUACCUGAUGGCAAAUGGGAGAUGAACCACGCCAUUAUAUUGUGCGCUGGAAGCCUCUUAACUGGUGCCAUUGCAUCAUGCUUACUUGGAUUAGUAAUGAUUGCCGUCAUAAUUGGCUCGCGAAAACUUGGAAUUAAUCCGGACAAUGUAGCGACGCCUAUUGCUGCCUCACUCGGUGAUCUCAUCACGUUAUCACUGCUGUCAGCUAUUGUUAAAGGUUUGUUCUUUGUAUUAAACAAUCCAUCUACAUCAUGGAUAGGACCUGCCAUAAUCAUCCUAUUCCUAUUUCUCACCCCAAUCUUACUGUGGUUGGCUCAUCGUAAUGAAUACACAAGGGAAGUGGUGAAAUAUGGUUGGGAACCCGUUAUUAUGGCUAUGGUUAUAAGCAGCACUGGUGGAUUCAUUCUUGACUUUGCUUUGCUACAAAACCCCGGUGUUGCUGUGUUUGCCCCAGUGAUUAAUGGUGUGGGUGGGAACUUGGUAGCUGUACAAGCAAGCAGAAUAUCAACACAUCUACAUAGUUCAGGUCUUCCAUUAGGAACCUUGCCACCUUCAGAAGCCCCUGGCUGCGUCACGCCCUGCUAUUCAUUCUUUGGCUCAAAUAACCCUCAUGCUGGAGGUGCAAGGGUCAUGUGGUUGAUGGUCAUUCCUGGUCAACUUAUAUUUCUACUAACUAUAGAACAACUACAAGCUGGCCAUACUUCAAUCACUCCACAGUUUGUGGCUGUGUAUCUUCUAAUAUCGCUCAUACAGGUUGCGAUUCUGCUCCAUGUUUGCCAGUGGUUGGUGAUCAGGUUAUGGAGGAAGGAAGAUGAUCCCGAUAACUCCGCGAUCCCUUAUCUUACCGCGCUCGGGGACCUUCUUGGGACCGGGUUGCUCGCUGGGGGUUUUCUAUUUCUAUGGUUGGUUGGUGACAGGGAUGCAGACGUGGGGGAUAAGUAGGAAGGGUGUUGGGGUUAUGAAGCUGUGGAACUUUGUAUUAAAUUAAGAAGAUGUAUCUGCAAGCUUGCUUAAAAUCUUCAGCAUAUGAGUUUAAACAACGUUGGAUCUAUCAAUUUAACUAAAGAUUUUUUAUUUAAAUCUUUAGUCUUUAUCAUUCUGUAAGAGUCUCGUUUGUUUUAGACUUUGAACUUUGGAAUGCUAACAUCAAUAUACAUUGUGGUCAAAGUUAAAUACUCGUAGUAAAUAUGACAUCAUGAAUUUAGUUGUUUCCAAAACCAUGUGUUAAUACAUGUUUGAUAAAGUAGUUAUAUAUGAAAAUGCUAUAUUUAUUUUAUCAACUUUCCUAAACUACAGUUAGCAGUAGAAACAUAAAAAGAUAAGGUUGCUCAAAGUUAUACGACCUAUUUUUUAGUUAUACGCCACCAAAGAAUGAAUAAUGAGAUAAAAUGCUUUAGAAAUUAUAUGUUUAGUGUAGCGCCCUGUGAAUAAAUAUUAAACUUAAUUUCAAAGCCAUUUAUCUCAUGCUUUAUUUGUAUUGGCGUGCCUAUGCUUUCAAGCCUAUCAAUUAUAAUAUAUUGACAACCAAGUUAUAACUUGCAUGAAAAAAAUUUUCAAUUUGAAUUACUGUUUUUUUAACCUUUUUUUUCAGAAAUAUUUUUCAAUCUAAAUUAACUAUUUUUUUUCAGAAUACUUUUAAAUCUAUUGUUUAAUUAGUUUGUUUAAACCACUGGAACUUAUUCUGUAAGAACUUUAACAGUUUUGCCUUCCUAUAUUACCCACUGGUAUAUAAGCUUCAUAUAAAUUAAAAUACAUAUCUAUGUUAUAUAAACAAUAUACAACUUUUGACAAAAAGUAUUUGUACAAUAUUCUCAUACAAUCCUUCAUUUCAUUAUUUUGCCAACAUGACAAUUAUUUUGCUGUUGUUGUUUCCAGGUAUAACAUAAUGCAAUAAAUAAGUAAAUAGAUCUUCUGGUUAAAAAGUAAAACACAUAUGCUUUUGUUUUUUCAGAAGAGCUGAUCACUUAUAUAUUUACAUUUCUUCUGAACUUUCGCUAAAAUUUUUUGUAUAGAAACCAACAAUGAAGAUUAACACCUUCCAUUUUACCGAUCUACUAUAAAAAACAAGUAAACUUUGUAUAUUUUUUUUCUUGGUAAAGUGCAAUAUUAUCGGUGGCAUGUCUCGUUUUGAUGCAAAAAAACUUUCCCAAAAAAUUUGCCAAUUAUAACAAUUUAGAAAUUAUUAAAAAUACUUUUUUAAAAUUUUGCUAAUUAUGACAAUUUAAAAAUUAUUAAAAUUGUUGUGCCUUUUUGUUUAUCUGCACUAAGUGUAUUACGUUUUUAAAAAAUAUUUUUUUUGCGGAAUUCUUAUGACCUUAAACAUUGUUUGCACAGUUUCAAUAAAGAUUUCAAAAUAUAAA